AGGAAGAACAUGGUUCAUUCACUGUAGUUCAUUACAGUGAUCAUGAAACCAACGUAGAAAAAGCACCCCAAUUCCGUGCGCUGAAUUUGAACAAUUCAAAAUGAAACUGCGAACCCAAAACCACCGAGGAAGGAGCACAAAGCUUCUUCUUCUUCUUCUUGCUAUUGCGAUUCUAUGUGACAUUUGCAUAGCUGAAAGCAGUGAUGGAGAUACACACAUCAAAGAAGGCCUAGAUUCUGUGGUUUGGGUGGUUCAGCUUUCCGAUCUUCAUUUCAGCGUUCACCAUCCAAAUCGUGCCCUCGAUUUCGCCGAAUUUGUGGGCCCUGCUCUCUCCGUCAUCAACCCCUCCCUCGUCCUCAUCACUGGCGACCUCACUGACGGUAAAAGCAAGGAUUUGCUGACAAUGAAGCAGAAUGAGAAUGAAUGGGUGGAAUACCGGAGCGUACUGGACACUGUUAUUGGGAGAAGUGGACUCGACAAGAGCUUGUUCUUUGACCUGAGAGGCAACCAUGAUAGUUUUGGUGUUCCGUUUGUUGGUUGUCCUUCUGAUUUUUUUUCUAAAUACAGCAUCAGUGGGCAAUUAGGAAGAAAUGGGCGUGUCAAUAGUGUCACAGUUGAGACCAAAGAAAGAAAGCAUCUCUUUGUUGGGUUUGACAGCACAAUGUCAACUGGCUUACGAGGUCCAACCAAUCUGUUUGGGCAUCCCACAGAUCAAUUACUAAAGGAUCUAGACUUGAAACUCUCAGAGUGGGAUUCUCAGUCAGAAAAACCAGUUACCAAAAUUUCCUUUGGCCAUUUUCCACUCUCAUUUUCAGCACCCUCUAUUUCUGGAAGGACCUUGGAGGAUGUUUUCCUAAAGCAUUCCAUAUCAGCUUACCUGUGUGGGCAUCUCCAUACUGGAUUUGGUGUGAACUUAAAGCGGCAUCAUCAGUUGAGUGGUCAUUUUUCUCCCUUGCAAAAAAAAAUUCAGUUCAAUAUACAUCAGAGAUCAUUUGAAAGUACUGUAAAUUGUUCAAUGGGAGACACACCAAUUCAAGACUUUUGGGAGUGGGAGAUGGGUGAUUGGAGGAAGAGUAGAGCCUUUCGAAUUUUAGCCAUUGAUAGAGGCCAUGUUUCAUAUGUUGAUAUUGAUUUUAAAUCAGGAACCAAACCAGCAAUUAUAUUGCCCACUUUUCCAUUAGACUCUCGCUUUAUGAUAACAUCUUCAUGCCGUCACAACUAUGAAUGUAAACCUGUGCUCCCUUCAUCUUAUGAGAAAAUUCGAGCUCUUGUGUUUUCUGUUGCCCCAGUUGCAUCAGUUGUAGCUAGGAUCUACGACUCAAAAUCUGGAAACCUUGAUUUAGUAUUAGAAACACAUAUGAUCAGGCAUGCUGAUGAGAACACCACGGGAGACCUCUAUCUUGCACCAUGGAAUUACAAAGCCUUUGAGGAUGCUUCUCCUGAUAGAUAUUGGCUUCAAAUUGAAGCAAAUGACAGUGCAGGCAGAUCAACUUUGACCGAAUUGAGGCCGUUUUCUAUCAAUGGUCUUAGCCUCAAACUUUCUUGGAGCUGGAAGGAGUUCAUGGUCAUGGGGUGUCAAUGGGCUGCCCUAUACUACCCAAUAUUCUGGUCUGCUCUUUACUUUUUUUUCUUAUUCCUCCUUUUUCCAAAAGCUCUCCUUGUUUUUCCAAAGAAGAGAUACACUUACAAGAACUUCAUUGUCAAUAAAGGCUUGGUAAAUGGUGUAUUAUGGCUUCUCCAGGAGCUGUGCAGGAUCAACACAUUAUGGUUUGGUUGGAUAGCAUACCUAUUUUAUCUGAUAUUAUCCCCCUGGUUUAUGGGGCAAGUUUUUAAUGAAGGGGAAAAUAUGGUAUACAUGACCUAUAUGGGGUGGGCCAUAGAGAAUUCUAAUGGAGAGGGGAAGCUUGAGUAUGUUGGAUCUCCUGAUAUCAUAGUGGUGGUUCUUCCCCAUCUAUUAUACGUAGUUUUGCCUGCAAUUUUGGUCACUGGUGCUCUGACAGCAGAAAGAGCAAUUUUCCGGGAACAUGUGUUAGCAUUCUUAGAGAAGAAGAAAGAUGACCUUCGUAUGGACUCUAGAAAAACUGUAUUAAAUGACCACCAUAGCAGCAUAGUAUCAAAUGUUCACCUUUGCAAACGAUGGAUUAGGAAGCUUCUGUGUGUGGUGUGCCUGGCAAUUUGUUGGAAACAUUUUAUGAACUGCAGAACUCUUCUAAAAGCUUAUGAGAUGAACCCCGUUCUCCAUUUUCUGGGCUAUGGUAUUUCAGUUCCCUUCUUGUUGGCAAAUGCUAUCAUCAAAACCAGAAACGCUGGAUGAAACUUUUUCCAGAGGUUCACCUGCACGUCUCCAUGUUAUAACAACAACCAGAGGAAACACUUAUGGUUGAAGCUGCUUGGGUUCUACAAACAUUAUAGACUCAUCAACUAGUUACUUUGGUAUGUUCAACCACCCAAGAAAUUACCUCAUUCCCUAUUGCAUUUUUGUGUUAGAAUUCAUAGGCCUUGCCUUUGAUAGUUUACGCUAAUUGUUGUUAGAAGCACCAAAAAGGACCUAUCUAAUAUGCUUUGUGGUAGUGGUUUAACAUGGGUUGAAGAAGUAUGCAACUGGAUUUUUGUGGCUCUUACAAUAUUCAACAAGGUUUAGAAUAUAAGUUUGUUAAUUCACUGUUGAA